UGUGACAGCGUAGCAGCAUCUGGCAGUCAGUUUUUGUAAAGAAAACCUCAGGAAAAAGUUCCACAUCUCGUUCUGUCCAUCCUCAAACGAUGCAGUCCGACACGUUACUGCAUGUGUGUAAUUUCAGCACUCUGUUUGUGUGCAUGGUGCUGAAGUUCCCGCAGAUCUUCGUCCUGAUGAGAGCCAAAUCUACGGCUGGAGUCAGCCUCAACAGUCUGCUGCUGGAGCUGCUCGGGUUCAUUGUUUUUGUAACGUACCAGAUGUACUACGACUACCCACCUCCUACAUACCUGGAAUACCCCAUCCUCAUUGCCCAAGAUGUCAUUCUUCUGCUCCUGAUUCUUCAUUACAACGGCAGCCUGCGGCAGAGCCUCAUCUACACCUUGGUGUUUGUGGGCGGUUGGAGGCUCCUCACUGUGGAGAAGUGGAUCAUUGACCUGGCUAUGAGCCUGUGCACGUUCAUUAGUGCAGCCAGUAAGUUUGCUCAGCUGCAGUGUCUGUGGAGGUCUAAGGAUGCGGGGCAGGUUAGCGCGCUCUCCUGGGCUCUGGCUACCUACACAUGUAUGGCUCGGAUUUACACCACCACAGUGACGACUGGAGACACGCAGGUUCUGGUGCGGUUCAUCGCGAUGACCCUCCUGAACCUGUGGGUGCUGCUCACGGUGCUCUACUACCAGAGACACAGCAGCAGCUCCAAGAAAGAAGACUAAGGCUGGAACGUCACCGCUCUGGAGAAGAGAAACGUUUACUGAAUCACACUGGACCCAGGACUGAUGGGAAACAACGGUUCUGUUGUAAUGCGGUUGCUUUUUAUAUGGUUUUUACCUCGUUUUAAACUCUCACGCUUCUUUACAGAACAUUCCAGUGUGCAAAAAUGCGCAUCUACCUGUAGCGAGAACAAAGACCUACGCUGUCAUACUGUAUGUGAGAAAAACUGUAGUAUUAUUAGACAGGACUUCCUUCUCAGGAUAAGAAAUGCUGUAUUAAGAAUAGUUUUUAUAUCUGCAAAGUUUUUUUCUGAACUAUUUUAAUAAACCAAACAUAUCGGCUUC